AUGUCAGCACCACCGGUCGAGUACGAGUAUAUCCAUGGGGUAGAGCAUCUCAGCGACUAUCGAAAGGGCGGCUAUCAUCUAGUUCACAUCAACCAUCGACUUGACAAACGCUAUGGCAUAGUGUACAAGCUCGGGCACGGCGCAUUCUCCACUGCCUGGCUCGCUGUCGACGAGAAGACGGCAAAAUAUGUCGCCAUCAAACUCAGCACAGCAAAGGCAGAUCGCAAUGAGGUUGAUAUUCUCUCUCAGAUCACACAGAGCACAAGCAGCUGCAGCACCGGGCAAGACAAGUCGUCACUACUUCCCGUGGUUCUUGAUCGAUUCCAAGUUCGCGGGCCCAAUGGCACUCAUACAUGCCUCCUUGACGUUGCCAGAUCUCUUGCUGGGCAGCUAGCCAUUGCCGUGUCCCUCGUCCAUGCUACAGGGUAUGCCCAUGGAGAUCUUCAUCUCGGCAAUAUUCUUUUACAGCUGCCCUCAUCCCUCAAUGCGUUUUCCAUAGAGCAGCUCAGCAACUAA